AUGGCUAAACGAUUGUCCACCAAGUUCUAUAUCAUAUUAAUUUUAGUUAAUGGGCUCAUAUCAAUUCCAGCCAUGUUUUCUAUGGGGAUGUUAUUUGAACAUUCGAUAAACGUGAGCCAAGCCGUAGUUAAUUUUAAUUCAUUUAAACGAAAUCGAUCAAACAUAUUUCAAUAUAUUAUGGUUAAUUGUUCACAAUUGCUACAUGAAUAUCCACAAUUUUAUAUUUUUCCUCAUGUCGAUCUGUGCACAAAUUACAAUUUAUCAUUAAUGAUUGGGAAAAUGGCCGUGUUAUUGUCGACUUUAUUCAAUACCUAUUUGCCCUACGGCUUGUAUGGGCCACCGUUGAUACCAGUAAUCAUAAUGGCAGUCGCAUCAAGUCUACUAUUUUAUACAAACUUCACAAAUAAUGAGUGGGACAUUGCUGUAUUAGAAUCAUUGUCAAUAGUAGCCGGUUAUUUGUUAAUUAUUUUUCAUUAUGCAUUUCCAAAUUUCGAUCAACGGUUGUCAGCCAUAUACAUUCAGGUGAAACAAUCCCAUGUAAUGAAAACCGCAUAA